UACAAACCCUCACCACGUUUUAAUGGAACAAAAACGACACAAAAUAGAAAGGCAGCUUCCUUGCGGUCGAACUCAGAGGGUAUAAUUGAAAGAAGAUCAAGUAUUGUGGGUUUUUGGAAUGCUGGACAUUUUUAUCUCCUAUUCGUUGUAUUUUUCUCAGUCGGUUUGCAGUGCGUGUUCCCUAUUGAGUCAAAAUGAGAUCAAAGCUUUCGGCGACAGUUAAGUCUGACCUGCUGUUAUUUUCUAUGAUUUGUUGGAUCACCUUCAUUCUGGGACGAGGUCAGGAGGCCAACAUCUUCAAAGAUCAUGUUAGGGCGGAGAGGAGAAGAAGCGAUACAAGAAGCCUGCCAUUUCACCGGGAAACACAACUGUAUUCAAGGGCAAGCAGAAGCCACCUUCGCAUUAAUGGUAAACACAUCGACGCAAUGGGAAGAGAUGGCGAUAAAUACGCCAAGCUGGUCAUCGAGUCAGACAAUUUUGGACGGGUGCGGAUUCGUGGAGCGCUGACAAAUUACUACUUAUGCGUCAAACGGAACGCUUCGCUGAUCGGAAGAAAGGCCACAAAGUCCAAAAGGUGCGUGUUUUACGAGAAGUACGCCGAAAACCAUUACACAGAAUUUCUUUCAGCUUACAACGAGAGUUGGACAAUAGCAGUGUCCAAGAAGGGCAAAAUGAGGCCUGGGCACAAGGCACGAAGAGGCCAAAGAAACGCUCAGUUCAUUGAACGAGCUUCUAAGAUCAUUAUUCAAACAAAAAAUGUCCGCGAGGCGCUCUAUCAUGGGCUCCGUGACCAUAUCGAGCAGCUCCUACGUGCCUACAGAGCAAGGGAAGGAGGCGAGAACAAGGAGAAGCCGAGAAAAAUGCCACACCCUGGGUACAGUUCAGGGUCGUGGAAACGGAAAGCAAAGAUUAAGAGGAGAGAGAAAAAAAUGAAAUUGCGAUCUGAGAAGAGACUGUUGAAGUUACUUCGUAAAGAACAAUGGAGAGAAAGGAGAAAAGAGAAAUUUUAAGUAUCACCAUUUGGUGAACUUGCUCUUCCUAAAUGUAGCUGAUACUUGAAUUUAUUUUUUCAACAUGCAGUCUGCAAGCGAAUUGGGCUCGAACGUUAGACUGAAGCACUCCUUCGUUCGUCUACCGUAUUUAUUCGAUUAAACGCCGCCCUCGAAUAAAGGCCGCAUUUUAGAGCAGAAAUAUUGAUAAACGCUGCCCUCGAACAAACACCGCAGCAUGGUGCGGUGUUUAUUCGAAUAAUAGACUCAAAAAGCACACAGCGAUCAUUGCUUCGAUCGCAGUUGGAAAAAUUGAACCAGUGAGUGAACCAGACACAACUAUUAUUAAUGUACCAGUUCUGAUGUCGUGAUAGCAUAUCCGACAUUGGAUGUUUAUUCACUUUACGUAUUGCAGCAGUCUUAACAUGCAGAUCGUG